CCAAGACAGAUCGCACACAAUCCCAUCCUCCACCAUUGCACGAGUAUUUGUUGUUGUUCAGACUACUAGAAAAGCAAACCUAUCUCUGCCGCCACGAUGUUGGAAGCACGUUUAGAACAGGCGGCGAUGCUGAAGAAGGUCGUCGACGCCAUCAAAGAUCUCGUCCAGGAUUGCAACUUUGACUGCAAUGACUCCGGUGUUGCCUUGCAGGCAAUGGACAACUCUCACGUUGCCCUAGUGUCUAUGAUGCUCAAGGCCGAAAUGUUCUCUCCCUACCGCUGCGAUCGAAAUAUCGCCCUUGGUAUCAACCUUAACUCCCUGACCAAGGUGCUCCGUGCUGCACAAAACGAAGACAUUCUUACCCUCAAGGCCGAGGACGCACCCGACGUCGUCAACCUGGUGUUCGAGAGCAGUGAAACAGACAGACUGAGCGAGUACGAUAUCAAGUUGAUGGACAUUGAUCAAGAGCAUUUGGGAAUCCCAGACACCGAAUACGCUGCCACGAUUGAGAUGCCCAGCAAUGAGUUCGCCCGCAUCUGCCGUGAUUUGCUGGCCAUGUCAGAAUCAGUCUCUAUCGAAGCCAGCAAGGAUGGUGUUCGGUUCGCAUGUCAAGGCGACAUCGGUAACGGCAGCGUCACCGUGCGGUCACACAGCAACGUUGACAAGCCUGAACAAAAUGUCUCGAUCCACCUUUCGGAACCAGUCUCGUUGACCUUCUCUCUGAAAUAUCUUGUGAACUUCUGCAAAGCCAGCGGGCUCUCAUCGAGAGUCAAGCUUUGCCUUUCGCAAGAAGUGCCCCUCUUGGUCGAAUAUACCCUUUCUGGAAGCAGCUUCCUUCGGUUCUACCUAGCUCCCAAGAUCGGCGAUGAUGAAUGAAUGGUGGCAUGAAACAAAAGGCGUGAUCAUGAUUUGCUAGACGUAAUGAAGUCAGGGCCAAGGAAUAAUUCGUGGUUCAUGUGGCACGAUUGAUCCGACCAGUCGUAGAGGAAUCUGGAACGAUUGCUGAAUGGUCGAUCUGCUGGAUAUGAUGUGUUAAAGAUGAUCAACUGUGCUUUGUUGCUUCGGAGGCGGCGUAAUGAGGGAGGCUGUUAUCAUGGUUAACCAGCCUUAUCGGCUUAGAUAAGGAACUUUGCGUCAUCUCCGAGCGCAGCCCCAACGUGAUCAAAUUUCAAUGAAAGACUUGUAC